AGAGAUUCUUAAAAAUGCACAGAGCCAGUGACUUUGACAAAUUUCCACAUAUUCUUUUCUCUCCCAAUUCGCAUUUUCUUGUGCAUAAUCUCUCUCUUUCUCAUCCAAACCCUAAAAUUCCAGCUUAGAAAACCCCAAUUCCCUCAUCCAAUUCCCAAUUUUUCUGUUCCCGCUAGGGUUUCCAAUCGAGAAGGGAGAAAUAGAUAGGUAUAAAAGACCGAUUGCACAAGAUUUCUAGGGGUCAUUUUCACGUUCGGAUCGAUCUCUCAACGGAAGGAGAAAUCACGAUAUCUAGGAUCUGUUUUCUAUGCUAUUCGCCACAAUCAUACGAUGUAUAGCAAUUUCAAGGAGCAAGCUAUAGAAUAUGUGCGGCAGGCAGUCCAGGAAGACAAUGCAGGAAAUUAUGCCAAGGCGUUCCCCCUUUACAUGAAUGCCUUGGAGUACUUCAGGACUCAUUUGAAAUAUGAGAAAAAUCCCAAGAUCAAGGAUGCAAUAACCCAGAAAUUCACUGAGUAUCUGCGGCGAGCAGAGGAGAUAAGGGCCGUCCUUGAUGAUGGCGGGUCAGGCCCCACUGCGAAUGGGGACGCUGCAGUUGCCACGCGGCCAAAAACAAAGUCGAAGGAUGGGGAGGGGGGAGAAGGGGAGGAUCCUGAGCAGGCAAAGCUAAGGGCUGGCCUCAAUUCGGCAAUUAUACGAGAGAAUCCGAAUGUGAAGUGGAACGAUGUGGCAGGGCUAGAGAGUGCCAAGCAGGCGCUUCAGGAGGCCGUGAUCUUACCUGUCAAAUUUCCACAGUUUUUUACUGGGAAGCGACGGCCAUGGAGAGCAUUCCUUUUGUAUGGCCCACCUGGAACUGGUAAGUCAUACCUGGCCAAGGCUGUCGCAACAGAAGCAGAGUCAACCUUUUUCAGCAUUUCAUCAUCAGAUCUGGUAUCAAAGUGGAUGGGUGAAAGUGAGAAACUAGUUUCAAAUCUUUUCCAGAUGGCUCGUGAGAGUGCCCCGUCCAUCAUCUUCGUUGAUGAAAUAGAUUCUCUAUGCGGCCAGCGUGGAGAAGGCAAUGAGAGUGAAGCUUCUCGACGGAUCAAAACAGAACUUCUCGUACAGAUGCAGGGCGUAGGAAACAAUGAUCAGAAAGUUCUUGUUCUUGCUGCGACAAAUACUCCAUAUGCUUUGGAUCAGGCCAUCCGCCGACGAUUUGACAAGAGGAUUUACAUCCCGCUCCCGGACCUAAAGGCGAGGCAACACAUGUUCAAGGUGCAUCUGGGAGAUACCCCUCACAACCUGACUGAAAGUGACUUUGAGACGUUGGCGCGCAAGACAGAGGGGUUUUCUGGUUCGGACAUAUCCGUUUGUGUUAAAGACGUUCUGUUCGAACCUGUUCGCAAAACCCAGGAUGCCAUGUUCUUCAUAAAGACCUCAAACGAUAUGUGGAUGCCAUGUGGACCGAAACAACCGGGAGCUGUUCAGACGACCAUGCAGGAUCUUGCAGCACAAGGCCUUGCUUCACAGAUUCUACCUCCUCCCAUCGCAAGGACAGAUUUUGAUAAAGUACUAGCAAGACAGAGGCCAACUGUUAGCAAGGCCGACCUUGAAGUGCAUGAAAGAUUUACCAAGGAGUUUGGAGAGGAGGGCUGAUGGAAAGCAGCAGAUGCACAGGUAUAUUUGCAAAUGCAAUUGUAUUUAAUGUUAUUUUUCCAAAUGGAACUUGUGUUAUUUCUAUGGGUACAUAUUCCCUGUAUACUUUGAGGAAAUGAGGGAGGGGGGGACUUGUGUUGAAAUUUCAUACUUGAAUUUCUAGGCUCAACAAGAGGAAGCAACUUUCAAAUCCCAAUACCCAUUUUCAGCUACGAAACUAUGGGUGCGUUUGGAUGCACCACAGAAUUGAAUUGCAAUGAUUUGAGUAAUUGAAGUGGAAAGGAGCUGAAAUUCUAUUGCCUUCA